UCGGUAUACAAUUAUUGGACUUGGAUGGGGGGCACAAGCGGUGCCACAACGACGGGAGUGUCGGCAGCGACACUGCCGCGGCGGCGAUGACGUCGUCGGAGGGGGCGAGCUCUCCCAACGAGGCGAUGACGUCGUUGGAUGGGGAGAGCAACAAGCGCUCCUCCUCUCCAAGGACCAGUCCACCAUCCUCGAGGAGAGCUUCAAGGAGCACAACACCCUUAUCCCCUUAAUUCCCUCUUCUCCUUCGGUGACUACCGAUACAUGAUGGUGUAGCAAUCGUUGCUAACAUGGGUCUGCUUCUCCUGCGUGAUGACAGAAGCAAAAACUGGCGUUGGCCAAACAACUCAACCUGAGGCCAAGGCAAGAGGAAGUGUGGUUUCAGAACCGAAGAGCAAGGACGAAGUUGAAGCAAACAGAGGUGGACUACGAGUUCCUGCAAAAGGAAGUGCAAGAGCUGAGAGCUCUGAAGCUGUCGCCUCAGUUCUACAUGCACAUGACUCCUCCCACCACGCUUACCAUGUGCCCUUCCUGCGAGCGCGUCUCCAACUCCACCGCGUCCACGACGACCACCAUCACCACAACCUCAACCUCGUCACCGUUUGCCAACGCACCGGCGCAGCCGAUGCCGGAACACCAUCAGUUCCUCCACCACCGCACGAUCCCGGGCCCAUGGGCGCCGAUCCCACUCCGGCCAUUCCUCGAUGCCCCUCCGCAACGCUCGUAACUGAGCUCUCGUCAACCAUAUCACGCACACCACCAUCACCAUGACCAUGGGCACUGGGUUCUUGCAAGAUAUGGGAUGCUACUGUUGCUGUCAGCGCACGAUGAGUGCUGUUGUUUCGGAUAGCCUACCAAAUGGCAAGAAUGAUAAAGAUAUGGUAAUUAUCCAUGUCCAAGAUCUUCUACCACAAGGAUAUCCCAUUACUGCCGGCCAUGCUGCUGGUGCUAUCGAUUCAGUUUCUCGGAUAUGGGUUUGCUGGCAUAUUCACGAAGUUGCUAGUGGACUCGCCCUAUAUGUGGUGGCCUUCGACUCUAGUAGACGUCUCCUUCUACAGAACGUUACACGAGCCGGAGAAAAGAGUCAAGGGAAAAUUGUCUCGAUAUCAGUUCAUGAUCAUAGUUAUCGUUAUAAUUUUUACCUACGGCAUUGUUCCUGUUUACCUUUUUCCCUC